GAAGUCUGUUUAUUUACCCGUUUUUUUGUAUCUACCAUGUUCAUUUGUUCUGAUAUUCUCAGUUUUUAGGUUUUUAAAAUUACUUAAUUUUGUAGGUGGAGACUAGAACCAAUAUUUUAGCAAGUGUUUCUAGGUGAUUCUUCUGAUCAUGCAAGUUUGUGAAGCAUUGGGGACAAUUAUUGAAACCCUUGUUAAGGACAAAGAAAGGAGUGUUCGUCACAUUGCAGACUUUGUGCAGUGGUUGUGUAGAUGGAUUUUUCAUUUAAGGUAAUUGCAAUAUAAUGGCUAAGUAGACAGGAACUUAACUAGUAAUUUUAUGAAGAAAUAUGAAGGAGUUGACUUUCUGUUCUUUUUAGUCUGAAAUACAAACAGUACAUGCUCUAUUACUUUCAUUAUGUGAGUAACAAUAACUAAUCUGAAACUAAAUUCUAAAGAAAGGAUGCGUGGUAUAAGGUUAUUUGUGGAGGAUUCGUUGUCAGCUGAACACUAAAGCACUGUAACCAAGAGCCUGCUGUGGUCAUGCAGCAUUAUUAUAUAAAACCUUUCUUUGGGGUGCUUUUAUGGGGACAUUAUUGUUACCUGUGAUGUUGAAAAGCAGUUUCUUUAGAUUUUGUGUUUGUUGCACACUUGGUGGUAACUAUGGAGAAUUUAUUAUGUUGUAUGUACCUACCAUUUUUUGCAUGCUUAACUUUCAUUAUGCGCGGUGCUUUAUAACUAUCUCUGAUCAACAAUUCUGUGUGGUGAACAUCCUCAGAAAACUGAGGCUUAAAGAGGAUAAGCAGUAACUUCACUUGGAGUACUGAACUAGUAAAUGCAAUUUAAAUCAGGCCUCAGCUCUAACCCUCCAAAGUCUUAGUCUCUGUGAAAGGCAAAACUAUGCAAUCUAGGCAUGUUAUUCAUACCUGGAUGUUAUACAUUGUCCCUUGAUAAGGAUUAAAAAAUGAAUGAAUGAAUGAUAUUAUUAUUGCCCCUCCUGUUAAUGAAUUUACAUUAGCAAACAGCAUGAUUUCAGAAAGAUCUGAUCACCUGGAAUUAAAGUUGGUACAGAAACCUUUUCAACUCCAAAAUGUUGGAGGAAGAUAUGGAAGUCGCCAUCAAGAUGGUGGUUGUUGGGAAUGGAGCCGUUGGAAAAUCGAAGUUAAUGAUGAAGAUGUCAGACUCAUGUUAUGGGAUACAGCAGGUCAAGAGGAAUUUGAUGCAAUAACAAAGGCCUACUAUCGAGGAGCCCAGGCUUGUGUGCUUGUGUUUUCUACCACAGACAGGGAAUCUUUUGAAGCAAUUUCCAGUUGGAGAGAGAAAGUAGUAGCUGAAGUUGGAGAUAUACCAACUGUACUUGUACAAAACAAGAUUGAUCUCUUGGAUGAUUCUUGUAUAAAGAACGAGGAAGCUGAAGCACUGGCAAAAAAGCUAAAGCUGAGAUUCUACAGAACAUCGGUGAAAGAAGAUCUAAAUGUGAAUGAAGUUUUUAAAUAUUUGGCUGAAAAAUAUCUUCAAAAACUCAAACAACAAACAGCUGAGGAUCCAGAAUUAAGGCAUUCAAGUAGUAACAAAAUUGGUGUCUUCAACACUCCUGGUGGAAGUCACUCGGGCCAGAAUUCAAGUGCCCUCAAUGGUGGAGAUGUCAUCAGCCUUAGACCCAACAAACAGAGGACCAAGAAAACCAGAAAUCCUUUCAGCAGCUGCAGCAUUCCCUAAAAUGCUUUAGGUAGUAAGAAAUUGUGCAAUUCUGCAAGAACUAUUCAGUACGUCAAGCUGUUAUGGUACAUUACAAGUCUUCUUCAGCAGACGUUGCACCUAAUGGCGCUCUGGAUGUUGACAAACUUAAAUAUUGUUCUGCAGUGCUUUUCAGGAUGGAGUAAGAUCUUUGGUGGAAAAAUUACUGCCCUAUGGACUCAUUUUUAAUUUUUUUACAUUAGACGAAGCUUCUCCUGUUUUUGAGGGAAUACUGUGAGAUGUCAAAAAACAGGUUUUGCUGAAUUUUAAAUGCUGGAAAACAUAAAUGAAAAGUCUAAAUAUAUAGGUACAGAUUUUAAUAUUAUGGAUCAAGGAAAGAUAGCAAGCAUUCUUUUUCUGAAAUUGGUCAUCUAGCUUUUCUAGAAAAUAGUAUUGAAUCCAGAUACUUACAAAAAAUAGCAUUGAAAGGUAAACCCUAAGUCUUGUCCAACUUCAAUGCCACUUGUGCAAUAUCUGUGUAAUGUAGGGUGUGGAGGUGUGUUUGCAGAUAGUUGGUGCUGGAGUAAACCGAAGGUGUGUGCAGUAUUUAAGGAAACAGACUGUGGUUCGUUCAUUCAUUCAUAGAACCACUUACACAUUGUGUGUAUGUUGAAAGGUUUUAUUUUCAAAUAAGAAAUUCCAGACAUAUAUUUUGCAGAAGAGAAGUGCUUUGUGCCAAAAUAUCAUACCUACUUUUUACAGUGCUUUACUAUCAGAAUUUAUAUUGUUUAUGAUAUCUUUUAAGAGCAGUUUUUCUCUCUGACAGGAUGGGUAAAAGAGGAGUAUAAAUGUUUUAGUGCUAGAGCAUCUCCCAGGUGAGAUACAUUGCAAAAUCUUCCUCCUGUGUCCCUCCAGAAGGAGGUCCUUAAGCAGGCAGAGCGCGUCUGCGGUUCCUCCUCAGGGCUGGGAAGUGCGGUGGUGCUUCCCGUGCCUUUGGCUGCUGACUGAAAAUGCAGUUUUGAACUUUCAGGAUCAUGUUAACAAUUUUCUUAAGUGCACAAAAGAUGAUCUGUCAUAAUCCACAUUAUGGAUUUUAUAAUGCCCUGUAACUGUAAAGCAUCUUUUUGUUUACACAUUUUUAUAUGGUAUUUUAAGAUGAUCACAUACACAUUUCUAUAACCUUUGAUUUCUACAGCACUUUCUCAAGACCUCUGUCAGGAACAAAUAUAAAAUAAUUUCUUUUAAGAAAUAAUUUUAGUGUGUAUCAUGUUGCAGAGCAUAAAUGUGACUUGAGACAGUAGCUUUCCAACUAAGAUAAUUGCAUGAACUCUGUUAAAACUAAUUAUCACUUAUGAAUCAUUUUGUUUUUGACCCAUUGCAAUAUACCUGGGUUUUACAGGAUUUUGGAAUAUGUAAAAAUAACUUUCCUUGGAAAAUGUGCUAUAAAGUCCUUUUUCAUUAUUUGUACUAAAUGCGUAAUAUUUUAUAUAUUCCUUUUGUAUGUUGUCUUUGUUUUUUGUCUGAGUCCUCCAUCUGCACCACUCUCAUCCCCCGUCCAGGUUAAUGCUAAGGACCUAAUAGAAUUUUCUGGGGCAUGUCUUUGUUAAUUCAAGAAUGGAUGUUUGCUUUUCAUAAUCUUGAAGUGAUCUGGCACUAUACAUUUCAAAGUAAUAUAAAAUGUUUAUUUUUAUGUCAAUGGUGACAACCGGUCACCACUCCCAUUGCUGGCAGCAGGAUAGGUCCUGGGCAAAACUCCAUUCCUGACGAUGGAUACCUGCUAGUGGUUUGUCUUUCCUUUCCUACUGUCUUAAAAUAUAGUCUAAUUUUUGCACAAAAUAUAUUUUUAGUUUUUUGGGUUUUAGUAGCAGAAAAAUCACAUUAUGUAAUAUGUUGUAGUUGUAUUUCAUGUUAAUUAAAUGUGUGUUGGUAAAAGUUUGAUCUAUAUAAAAAAAUGUAAUCUCUGAUGGUUGCAGUUCCCCUGAUAUUUGUAAUGUAAUUUUAUAUACUUAGUUUGUCAUUUCUUGCAAGAACUGAAGAGAAAGCUUUGUAACAUCUGAAUUUUUAAUUUGCACUUCUGUAUUUUAAAUCUAACCAUAACCAUUUUAAAGAAUUAAGUAUCACUAGUGGAUGAAAAUCAGCCACUAGUGAUAAUGUUAAAUACGUUGCAAUUUAGUUAAUUCUAAAAUCUAAAUUGACAUUAGUUCCCCCCCAGACCCUUAAUUCUUUUAAAUAACUUUACAAUUAAUUUCUAAUGAACCAUGGUUGCUGAAGAAAACUUGUCUUAAGCUCCAGGAUGUUGUGAAUUUGUGUUCUUAUGUAUUUUUUUUUUUUUACGUUAUGGCUGAUUUUUAGCAAACAGACAUAUAGCUCUGUAAUAAUUACCAUAUAUCAAAGUUUCUGAGGUUUCCUUUUCCUCUUUCAAGCUGCCUAUUAAAUAAAAUAGUAUAUUGAAUAACCCACACAAAGCCAUAUAGUUAAAUAAAACCAGGCUAAAUGGUUUUCAUCUGCCCAAAGUUGACAACAUGCAGCAUGUAGUUUUUCUAAAUAAAGUAAAACUAACAUUACCAAAAAGAGGAUGGACACCUUUCCUUGCCGUGGAGUGAAGUUAGUUGGUUGUUUCAGAAUUUGGCGAUGCAGUGCUUAGAGAGAGCACUCGUUACUGCACUCUGCUGAGCCGGGGGCUUCUAGGGCUGUGGUCUUUCCUGAAGAUCUUAGAGUGGAGAGUUGGCCUCAGGACCUAAUGUCCCAACUUAAAAAAAGUGAACUACUUUAUUGUAAACUGUUAACUUGAUAGAAUCCUUCUUAAAAUCUUUGAAAUAGUUAACUGGUUAUUUGCUAAAAUGCUCCCAUUACUGCAUAUCAGUUUCUCAGAAAACAAAAUGAACUGUA